CGCACGUUACAAACGGGAGCCGCAGGAAACGAGCAGCACAUGCGCUCGACGCGUUCAGGAGCUACAGGACGUGUUCACUUCUUCUCGAUGCACCAAAUAAAACCACACAGAACACAUUCACAGCCUUAUAUAGAGUUUCUAGACAUCAGAUAUCACCGUUCUCACUGUCAAACAUGUCCCGAGCAACCAAACGCAAACAUGUUGUCAAGGAGGUUCUUCAAGACUACGUAACACCCAGUGAGAGCCAGCAGAUCAUGAGGAUCCAGGGAAGCAAUGGCAACAACCUCCAUGAGGCCGUAACUGAGAGUGGUGAGAAGUUUCUGCUGAGCAUGCCCACAAAGUUUCGUAAGAACAUCUGGAUCAAAAGAGGUGAUUUUGUGAUCGUAGACCCUAUUGAAGAGGGAGACAAAGUGAAAGGAGAGAUAAGCUUUAUACUCUAUAGAGACCAUAUCCAGUACCUGAGGAAACUGGGUGUCUGGCCAAAAGGUUUCGAGGCAGGUGGCGAGUCUGAGGAGGUAAAGGAAGAACCACAGAACGGACAGGACCACAGUGAGGAGCAGGAAGAAGAGAGCAGCGGCAGUGACUCUGAGGAUGACAGUGACCUUUUUGUGAACACAAACCGAGCCACGGUUCACUACAGUGAAAGUGAAGAAGACUCUGAUGAAGAUGAUGAUGAGGAUGAGGAAGAAGAUGAAGAAGGAUCAGAGAACCAUUAAGUGAAAAUUUUGGGACUUUAAAUGAAGGGUUAAUUUCAUGCUGUGGACAUGUUUAUAAACUUACACAAGAUGCAAACUUCAAUUUCCCUUGAUUUUUGGACAGUGAUUUAUUACUUUCUGGUUUAUACAUGUAACCAGUUAAUCUAAGCAUGGGAGAGUUUCUGACACAAAAUGCUGUUUUAUUUAAAUCAUUGCUUGUCAACCAGGUCUUGAGUUGAGAAUGCACAGAUUGUUUAAGCAAGGACUCGUCUGUUAGUUCAUUAGUUGGUCAGGUGGGUUAAAAUUAGGGGAAAACACCUAAAACCUGCAGGGCAGUGGUCCUCCAGGACUACGAUUGGUAACCAAUGAUUAAGCCCAAACUUUAAUCCAUGUCAUCAACUGGAAUCUGUAUUGUUACAUUCAGUAAACUUGUUAAAAUUUGGUUUGAUUUGGGUAAAGCAGCUUGCAUUAAUCCCUUAAUUGCUGAGAUGGAAAUAUAAUGACUUAAAAAUAGCCUUCAUGGGGCAGAUGUGAAUAUGGAAAAUCUAUCUUAUGACUAGACUUAAUCCCUGUAUGGAAAACUGACCCAUAGUGUAUAAUACAUUUCAAUCUGAUUCCUUAUAUUCACAAAUGCUUUUUUUGUAUCAUAUUGUAUGUACAUAUGGCAAUAAAGUUUUUUUGUUUUGUUUUGUA